AUGGAAGAAAGGAAGAAAAUGGAAAAAUUGGAAUUGAUUAAAAAGGAAAAAGAGAUGUUGAGAACAGAAAUGACAGAAAUGAAAAUUAAAAUAGAAGAAUUGGCAAAGAAGAAUGAAGGAAAUGGAGUAUAUCGGAAUGAGGAUAAUGAAAAUAAAAAGUGUUAUAAUUGUGGAAAAUUUGGACAUAUAAGUAGAGGAUGUAAUGAAAGGAGAAAUCCAAAUGUGUUAAUUAUAAUUUGUAAAAGGUGUGGAAAUAAAGGGCAUAAAACUGAGGAAUGUUAUGUUUCGGCGUACAAAUUGUUGAAUGAAAAUCAAAAGGCUUGUGGAAAUUGUGGAAAUUGUGGAAAUUUUGGUCAUGGUCAUGAUAAGUGUUUUAAGAAUCAACAAGAAAAUUCUAAAGCAUUUCCGGAGGUAGAAUAUAUAAAAAAGGGGGAAAGAAAUAUCUAUGAAAAAAGGAAUGUCGAAGAUGUAACAUGUUUCAAAUGUCGUAACAUUGGGCAUUAUGCGAGAGAUUGUCCCGUCACAUGA